CCUCCCUUUUGGAUCAGCCACUGAUACGCAAACAUUAUAAAAAAUUGCGAGGGCAUAGCCACGCCCCUACUGGUCAUUUCCUUUUAAUCUUUAACCAGCCUGUCAGAUAUCAAUUUGAUCAGUCAGUUAUUCCUCUAACAUGGCUGUAAAACACCAUUCUAUACACAGCUGUCUUUACUUAGUUAACACUUUUGAGUGUGUAAAAAAAACACUAUCAGUUUUUGCCCGUUUGUUUUGCGUAGAAAGUACGCUUGUUAACAUUUGAAUGACAUCUGAACAUGACGGUUGAAAAUUAAAGUUGCCUUCUUAAACACGAUUAACUAUUUCAAGAUUUGUAGAAAUUCGCGGAAUAAAGCAUUAUUUUGCCACUCAAAGGUUAAGAACCCAUCAUUUCAGUUAGUAACCCAGUAAUUGAUCAGUGAAAAAUAACUUUAAAUUUCGUACGCGAUGACUCUUUUCGACUGUUUAUAUCGAUCGAUUCUUCUUCACUGUAACUUGUGUCAGAAUGUUUGUUGAUCGCACGUUCUUCGCUGAAACUUGGGUGAGAUGUGUAUAUACCUAAAGUAGCGAUCCCUACAAAGACCUUUCAUAUAAUCAGCAUCAGAACAUCAUUCUUAAAAAGGUAAUAUUGAGUAUGAGAUAUAUUAAUGUCAGGGCCGUUAGCCAGCAGGCGGACAGGGGGCAGCUGCUUAUACAAGGUCAGGAAUUCUACAAAAGACAUAUAAAAAACCCUCUGCCCCCGAAGCAAAUAGGAAUAUCUGAAGAUUGCCUCCCCCCCUAAAAAAACUUUCUAGCCACGGCCUUGAAUGUGUUCGUAACGUUAUAUUUUCUUCCUUGCUUUAUUUACAACAAAUAUUUAUUACUGCGUCAUGACGACGGGUCAUUAACGGUAAGAACGCUUUUUCCCUACUAUUUGCACGGUGAUUAAGUGGGUGAAAAAUCUGUUCAAAUUGCUUGUUUCUCCAAAUUGCCUCCUAUUUUUUUCCUACCUGCUUGUCGAACCGUGUUUCUGAACAUUUAGAUGAAGCUUGUUGUGUAACCGAAUCAUUUGCUGUUAGAGCAAAAGGUAGUGCAAGCAUUUCUGGACCUAACGAACUAGCGUCACUGAUCAUGAAUAUCACUGGUUCUCAUGCAGCAGCCAAUCAGAGCAACCUAUUUCACGUGUGCAAUGACGUCAGCAGUAUCGUUCAGGUGGUGCUAAUCACCAUCAUCAUGUUCUUCUCGGUGAUUGGCAACGGCAUCAUCUGUAUGCUGCUCGUCAGGUUUAAGACCUUACGGACAGUUCCUAACAUCCUCGUGACGAACCUUGCCCUCGUUGACAUCAUUAACGCCCUGACCAAUAUGCCGCUGUUCAUAUCGUGGUACAUCUGUCAGACGAGGUCCCUCAGUGGUCCAUCCCUCUCGUGGUUUGUUGUGAUGUUUUACGUCCUCUUCAUGUACUUGACAGUUGCAUCCCUAGUGGUUCUAAUGCUGGACCGUUACGGCGCAAUUGUACAUGGACUGCGUUAUCACACGUGGAAGACCCGGAACAAAGCCUACGUGUCUGUGGCGGUAAUCUGGUUAGCUGCGACUGCAUACGCUCUGGGGAUGUUCAGCUUAGGAGUUCACAUUGACAUUGGCGAUAAGCCGGUGUGGAUGUACCGUAUUUUGUACUUUAAAAAAUUCGGACGCUCGUUUUUGAUUCCAGGAUACUUAGUUCCCUUUGCAGUGAUUAUCAUUUUGGGGUAUCUUAUUUGGAGAGAAGUUCGUAAAAGCACAUUGUUGAGAGUCUGCCCGAGGAGCAGCCUGGGUAAGCAUGCGCGAACAGAUAUCAAAACCGCAAAGACUAUCGGGAUUACGAUCUUGACGUAUUUUUGGAUGGGAUGUUUCCCAGUCCUUCUCCACAGUGUUGCGAGGAUUCACGGCAGUUGGCUACACUUCCUCGCGUUCUUUUUCAUCUACAUGAAUAGCAUGGCGAAUCCUGUGAUUUUCUCUUUGAGAGCUCAGCGCUUUCGAAAGGCGUUUGUUCUUCUUUUUCGGGAACCCUUCGGACACAGCCAGCCCAUCGAAACAAGGCACACUACUUCGUCUGGGGUGACUAACUGGUCGAGUGUUAAUCAAGCUAUGAUAUAGUUGUUACAGUCCCGCUCAUCGUAUGUAAAA